UUUAAACAAAUUAAAUAUGUUUUUUCUUUUCUUUUUUUUCUUUUUUUUUUUUUUUUAGUAUUAAAUUUGCAAAGAGUAUUAUAUAAAAUAACAAAUUUUUAAAAACCUUUGGAGCCAAAGCACAGCUCCGCCUUUGUUGGAUCAUGCUUAAAACACUUUAGAGUGCUGCUUUUCGAUUUUCUCCUUACAUGGCAAAUUUUUAUAUAACAUUAACUAAAAGCCCUUUUUUACAUUAACUAAAAGCCCUUUUUUAUUUGUUUUCUUUUAAAUAAUUUUUAGAAUGUUAUUCUUUUAGGGCUUUAUUAUUUUCUCCAAUAACAACCAGCAAACAUGCAGCAGUGGAACACAAACACGAGUUCUGAUAAAGAUUGACGACAAGGUGAGAAAAAUGUUUGCAAGUGAUGAGGAGGUUAUAGAGUCUGUGGCAAAUCUGGAAAAUAAUGGGGAUGAGGAGAUGAGAGAUCAGCUAGCACUUCUUCAUCCUGGAUGGAUAACCACUGGGAAAGCAUCGCGGUUAAUUAACCUUCUAUUAAUGUUGAGAUCCUGAACACACUCUUUUAGUUUUAUCUCCAAAAAAAAAAAAAAAAAAAAAAACAAGUGAACAAAUUUUAGGAUCAUAGGAAUAAAAGUAUAUAAAUUAUGUCAAGGACCGAGGAAAAAAAAAACCAAAAUUUUGUGAUCGAUUGAAAUUCAUCAUUUUUGUUGUAUUUGCAUACUAGUAUAUAUAAGUUAGAUAUUGACCAUCUAUAUCAUACAAUCAAAAUCAUGAUUCGCAAACUAGUAUAUAUAAGUUAGUUAUUGACCAUCUUUAUCAUACAAUCAAAAUCAUGAUAGUUAUUUGAACUAGUGUCAGAUUUCUUUAAAAUCAUGAACACCAUUCGUUUCUUGCAAAGAAAAAACAAACACCACUCGUUGUGUUUUAUGACAAAAACGAAAAAUAACAAAGCAGCAUCCAAACGUGGCCAAUAGGCUUCAAAUGAGAUGGACUUAAUUGCUAAGUCAAUCACAAUACUUACAUUUUCGUGGGUUUAAAACGCACAGAGAUUUACCUUAAUUGUAAGGGAGAGUAUUACUAUAAACGACCCAAAAAAAAAAAAAAACAAAAAAACACCUGGCCAAAGGGCAAUGUACAUACAAGAAACAGAGCUCUAUCCGAUUUAACGUUUCAAUAUGUGGACGAAAUGCGACAGCCAUAAGUUUCUAUUUUUUCCAUCGUAGUAUUGCCAAAAACAAAUUAUUGUUCACUUUUGCAAACCUUGACAGUUUGAGUUGCGAGGCGAACUGCCAAAGAGAGACCAUAAAACAUGACACAACCAGAUAUUAGUAGCAGGGAAAAUAGAUGGACACUCCAGGGGAAGAUGGCUCUGGUCACCGGUGGAAAUAGGGCAUGCCAUAGUUGAAGAACUAGCCGGGUUUGGAGCCACUAUCCACACAUGUUCUCGCAAUCAAAAUGAACUGGAUCAGUGUUUGGGAGAAUGGAAAAGCAAAGGUUUUCAAGUUAGCGGAUCGGUUUGUGAUGUGUUAUACAGGGACCAAAGAGAGAAACUGACCGUCUCUUCUCUCUUUGAAGGGAAGCUCAAUAUCCUCGUAGGUUUCCUCAUCAUUAUAUAUAUAUAUAUUUUGCAUGCUGCUUUCCUCCUCGUAAUGCGAAUUUGUUUCUCAUUAUUUUGCUCUUAAUUGUGAUCAUUCUUGUAAGUGGUUGGAGGAAGGAGCUCAGUGGCUUGUUUGUUGUUAGAUGCUAAUGUAUUGUCGUUUUCUAGUUAAUAAAAUUUUGAUGUGUGCUUGUUUUUAUAAUUGUUAUUAUUUUUUUCUUAGAGGUGCAGAGCUUUAAACUCAACCUCUCUAAAAUAACAAGGACUUGUGAUGGGCAGGGACAAAUUUGUGCUUAUUGUUAGCGUAGUUGGCUUUAUAUCGAAUUAGACCCUUUUAUGUCUUUUCUUUUUUGGGUAUAAGAGAAACCAACGAAUGAAUUUUAAAAAUCAUUGGUGAUUGAUUACAGGUAUUACCAAUAUAUUAAAAUACAACAUUAAUAAUGAUUUUCCUUCUUCUUCUUCUUCUUAUUCUUCGGAUGACAAUACCAAAAAGUACCACGGAAUUUACAGCCGAAGAUUUCUCGACGAUAAUGGGUACCAAUUUUGAGUCUGCUUAUCAUUUUUGCCAAAUUGCUCACCCUCUUUUGAAAGCUUCAGGAAAUGGAAACAUUGUGUUUAAUUCUUCCGUAGCGAGCGCCGUUGCUCUACCUAUGCUUUCUGUUUAUGCAGCAUCUAAAGGUGCCAUAAAUCAAGUCACAAGGAGCUUGGCUUGUGAAUGGGCAAAGGACAACAUUCGAGUUAAUUCAGUUGCUCCUGGGCCUAUCAAAACUCCUCUUGUUGAGAAUCUACCGGGCAAAAUGCCAAAACAUGUGGAUGAUAUGAUUGCUGGAAUUCUGAUGACUCGCGCCGGAGAGCCCAAGGAGGUUUCAUCUGUGGUAGCAUUCCUUUGCCUCCCGGCGGCUUCCUACAUCACUGGACAGAUCAUUUAUGUGGAUGGUGGAUUUACGGUCAAUGGCCACACCGACUCAGCAGUAGAAAAUAAUUUGGUCUAUCAUUUUACUUAAUUUAAAGUCGGUGAGAUCUAAUUGAUUCUACAAUCAAAUUAGAAAAUUAAACUCUUCAUCUUAUAUUAGGCUUUUUGUUAAUUUUAUUGUUAUUAUUUUGGAUUGGAAACCCAAAACCUGGACCUUUAUCAAGGAGAACAGUGAAAAAUCCACUCGUCUGUUCUUUGGGACAUAUAAGGCUUUCCGAAGAUGAAUUUCUGCAGUCCGAAUAAAAGAAUUUGGUCCUGCUUUUUUC